GGCGCCCGGGGCCUUAUCGGACAGCGGCCGGCGCCACACCUCACCCCGGGCCGCCUUCCCUCCAUCCGCUCCAGGGAUCUCACCCUCGGGGGAGUCAAGAAGAAAACCUUCACCCCAAAUAUCAUCAGUCGGAAGAUCAAGGAAGAACCCAAGGAAGAAGUAACCAUUAAGAAGGAGAAGCGUGAAAGGGAUAGAGACCGACAGCGAGAGGGUCAUGGACGGGGCCGGGGUCGACCAGAAGUGAUCCAGUCCCAUUCCAUCUUUGAGCAGGGCCCAGCUGAAAUGAUGAAGAAAAAGGGGAACUGGGAUAAGACAGUGGAUGUGUCGGACAUGGGGCCCUCUCAUAUCAUCAACAUCAAGAAAGAGAAGAGAGAGACAGACGAAGAAACAAAACAGAUCCUGCGCAUGCUGGAGAAGGAUGAUUUCAUCGAUGACCCUGGGCUGAGGAAUGACACUCGAAACAUGCCUGUACAGCUGCCUCUGGCUCACUCUGGGUGGUUGUUUAAGGAAGAGAAUGAAGAACCAGAUGUUAAACCUUGGCUGGCUGGCCCCAAGGAAGAGGACAUGGAGGUGGAUGUGCCUGUUGUGAAAGUAAAAGAGGAGCCACGAGAUGAGGAGGAGGAGGCCAAGAUGAAGGCUCCUCCCAAAGCAGCCAGAAAGACCCCAGGCCUCCCAAAAGACGUAUCUGUAGCAGAGCUGCUCAGGGAGCUGAGCCUUAAGCAGGAGGAAGAGCUGCUGUUCCUCCAGCUGCCAGACACGCUCUCUGGCCAGCCGCCAACUCAGGACAUCAAGCCUAUCAAGACAGAGGUGCAGAGUGAAGAUGGACAGAUGGUGGUCGUGAAGCAGGAGAAAGACCGGGAAGCCACGCUGGCAGAGAAUGCUUGUACCCUGGCUGACCUGACAGAGGGUCAGGUUGGCAAGCUGCUCAUCCGCAAGUCAGGAAAGGUACAGCUCCUCCUGGGCAAGGUGACUCUGGAUGUAACAGUGGGAACCGCCUGCUCUUUCCUGCAGGAGCUGGUGUCCGUGGGCCUUGGAGACAGUAGGACGGGGGACAUGACAGUCCUAGGACACGUAAAGCACAAACUUGUAUGUUCCCCCAAUUUUGAAUCCCUCUUGGAUCACAAACACCGGUAAUAUGAGCAGAUGGAGGAUGAUGGUGACUGCCCAUGGAUGCUGCCUGCUCCAGACGUUUUGUUCUAAAAUCUGUGCGACCCGGAACAGGCCUGUUUAGCCCACCCACUCCAGCCUCUGGCAGCCAUUGUCCCAGUUUUCCCCACCGGGCUCAUGUGGCUCCCUCCCACAGCAGCUGUGAAUGGCACAGUGACCUUCCCACAGCAUGGAUGCUGCAUGUCCUUGCUGCUGGGGGACUUGUCCCUUCUAUUUAUUAUUAUAUUUAUGCUUUAUCUCUUCAGCUGACUACAUCUUUCCCAGGUGCAGAGGGGAGGGUCUGUGGAAGAGUACAGGCUCCUCCUCAUGGUGACCAUCUGGGUUCUCGCUGUGGGAAGUAUAAGAACUGCUGCUGCUGCUGCUGCUGCUCUCGCUCCCUCCUUCCUCCUGAGGGGCAGUCGGAGAGAGAGCAGGGAAUGUUUUAGUUGGAGUCUCAGUACUCAGGCCCAGCUCCAUCAGUAACUAGUAGUGUGACCUUGGACAAACCACCUAACCUUUCUGAGCCUCAUAUUCCUCGUUUGAUAAAAAUGAGGACAAUACCUACCUCACAAGGUUGGUGUGAGGAUUAAAUGGAAUGUUGUAGAUGAAAACUCCUUGCACAAGGCCCCCACAUGUACAGUAGUCACUCAAUAAAUGUUAGUUUCCCUUC